UUCUGACCGGAGUGCAGUGCCGACGUGUGCAGCACACCGCGAACAGGAUGAUUUGUCUACAUGAAUAUGGCACUCUCACCAUCCUCCAGAUUUAAGUCAGCCGAAUUCGUCGUCCUGAUAGUAUGCCUUGCCUUAUGGAUCGAAAUUGUAUCACCCCUGAAGGCCACAUCUCCCUGCCUGUCCCAGCCCUGCCAACAUGGUGCAUUGUGUCAAGAGGUUCCCACAGGCUACUCGUGCCAGUGUCCGUCCUCUGUGACUACCCGCUCAGAUGAGCACUGUGAUGGAUCCAAUGAAUUGUGCCGCCCCGUCUCCUGCCAUGAGAAUACCACGUGCCAUCCUGUCACCAUCAGCUCCUCUGACUUGGUGUGCCAGUGUCGGUCUGGAUUAUCUGGGGGCACCUGCGAGGUGCUGGUCCAGCACUGUGCCGCCAGCUUCUGCGGAGAGGGGACACGCUGUCGGACACUUCCUGUCCCUCCCGAAGAGCGUGGAUACUCAUGCAUCUGCAAGUCGGGCUACGCAGGCCCCCGCUGCGAGACAGACAUGAGCGGGUGUGCCUCGAACCCGUGCCAGAACGGAGCAUUGUGCAGGGCCCGGCUGGGCGGGUAUUCCUGCUACUGUGUGCCAGGAUUUCAGGGCACGCAUUGCGAGAUUGAGGUGAACGAGUGCGCCUCUCAGCCUUGCCAGAAUGGAGCCACUUGUGUGAACGGGAUCGGGACAUACGUCUGCAUCUGCAAACCAGGCUACACAGGUGCCAGCUGUGAGCUGCAAAUUGACGAGUGUCAGUCAGAGCCCUGCCUGCAUGGCGGCAGUUGUCAUGACCACCUGAAUGGCUUUUCUUGCACUUGCAAGGCUGGCUUCGAAGGAGAGCUCUGUGAAAUUGACAUUGAUGAAUGCAGAAGUCAGCCAUGUCAGAACGGAGGAUCAUGCACAGAUGGAUUGAACAGUUACAGCUGCAAUUGCUCCUUGUCGGGCUUCAUGGGCCUUAUCUGUGAAAUUCCCAUUCCACCAUGCAUGUCCCAGCCUUGUCUCAACAACGCCAUCUGUCAGGAUAACCACAGGAACUACACAUGCAAGUGCUGGCCAGGGUUUGAGGGUCGACACUGUGAAGUGGAUAUCAAUGAGUGUGACAGCAGCCCCUGUCUCUUUGGAGGGGAGUGUGUCGAGCUCUCUUGGACAGACCAAUAUGGGGCUGAGCCACUGCUUCCAGCACACUUUGACCCCCAGCAUGCUGCAGGCUUUAUAUGUCGAUGCCUUCCAGGAUUAAAAGGUACUUUGUGCGAAGAGGACAUCAAUGAGUGCGACUUGAACCCCUGUCAGAAUGGAGGCAUAUGUGAGAACAAUCAUGGAGGUUACACAUGUCACUGUUUGAAACAGAGCCUAAAUGGACUUUUCUAUGGUGGGGAGAAUUGUACACAGAUUCUAGUGGGCUGUGAGGGCCACGAGUGCCAGAAUGAAGGCAAAUGCUUUCCCUUCCUCACUGAAGGACAGCAUGGCUAUAGCUGCCUUUGUCCGGGUGGCUUCACUGGUUCAAAGUGCCAGACGUCUACCACCUUCUCCUUUGAGACAAGUGGCUACCUCCACCUGCAAACUCCACUCCAAGGCACAGAAAGGUCUUUGAACGUUACCUUGAGCUUCAAAACCGUGCUGGAAAAAGCCGUUCUCUUCCAGCGGGGAAACGGAGAGCUUCUGCUCAAGCUGGAGCUGGUCAAAGGCCUCCUCCACCUCAGAUUGCAGAGGAACGCUGACCUGAACCAGGAACUACAGCUGUCUCAGAAUGUGACAGAUGGUGAAUGGCACACUGUGGAGGCUGUGCUUAGGGGCAGGUUGCUGGGGAUCAGGCUCCUGGAUGGCCCCUGUACUGAGAACUGCUGGAGGUCCUCACAGGUGGAGAGCGGGCUGCUUGAGCUGGAAUCUGCCUUCCAGAGCACUUUCAUCGGAGGGUCUCCAGGGGAACGGAAUGGCACCCGGGCUGCUGCUGGCCCCCCUCAUAACUUCAUCGGCUGUAUGCAGGAUGUGUACGUGGACGCCCGGCUAGUAGUUCCUGAAAGCUGGCCGAUCGACGCAGCCAUGAACGUUGCCACUGGCUGCAGCCACAGGGACAGGUGUGAGGACAGUCCGUGUCGUAACAGGGGCCGGUGUGUUAACCUGUGGCAGAGUUACCAGUGUGAGUGCCACAGACCGUAUGAGGGGCAUGACUGUUCAGAGGAACACAUCACAGCCAGAUUUGGGAACGAGGACUCGCAAAGCUACGCGGUUUUCGCUGUGGAUGAUGAUCCUGGGCAAAAGAUCGUCGUGUCCGUCUUCAUUCGCACCAGGAGACACACGGGAUUACUCCUGGUGCUCUCAAACAGCACCAGCCAGUACCUCAGGGUCUGGCUGGAGGGCGGGAGAGUGCAGGUUCAGGUGAACAACUUCGAGAGCCUCAGGGGAGAGCUGUUCAUCAGCGAUGGCAGCUUCCACCUCGUGAGUGUGAAGAUAGAGCACAACCAAGUGACCCUUUUCCAGUCUGCCCGCAAGCAGGGGGCUGCCUCCAUCCGGACUGUGCAGGUCCAGCCCGGGGACCUCGUCCACGUUGGAGGUUUGCCCGAUCAACGUGCCUCUGCUGCCUUUGGAGGUUAUUUCAAAGGGUGCAUGCAGGACUUGCGGAUUAACUCCAGGCGCCUGCAGUUCUAUGCACUCAGCACCCCGUUGAGCUCCUAUCCUAUGGAAGGCCUGGUCAGUGUCACACGAGGCUGUGUUGGUGACAACCUCUGUGUUAAAAACCCUUGCCAUAACGGGGGGAUGUGCUACUCCAUGUGGGAUGACUUCACCUGCACGUGCCCCCCAAAUACUGCAGGGCGGCGCUGUGAAGAGGUGCAGUGGUGUGAGCUAACGCCGUGCCCGUCUGCUGCGGUCUGCCAGCCCCUCACCCAGGGCUUUGAGUGCAUUUCCAAUGCAACCUUUCAGGAUGACAGCAGUGUGUUGUCCUACAAAGGCAAUGGGAAGAUCUUUCGUAAUCUCACCAGCAUCUCCUUCAGCAUCCGGACCAGGAAGCGCAACGCUGCUAUACUCCAUGCCGAGAAGGGGCCCGAAUUCCUCACGGUCUCUGUCCAAGACUCUUAUUUGUUCUUAGAGCUGCUGAGCGGGGAGAGCUCCUUCGCCUUGAGCCUGAAAAGCCGCAGGCCCAUCAGCGACGGAGAGUGGCACUCAGUAGAGUUCUCCAUGGUGUCCCCGCAAUCUCGCACCUCCAAGUGGACCAUGGGUGUGGACGGCGAGGAAGAGCCGGCCGCCUCCUCAGUCCCUGCUGGGAAUGUAGACUUUCUGAGGGAAGGGGUUCACAUUCUGCUCGGGGGCCUGGGGCCUGAUGCAGUCUGGAACCUGGCUGGGUGUCUGAGCACAGUGGAAAUCGGCGGCAUUGCAUUGCCGUACUACGGGCAGUCCGAGGUGAGCCUCCCCAGACCCCAGGAGGAGCAGUUUGUCAAGACGUCCGCCAAGGCGGCCCCGAGCGGCUGCACGGGAGCCCCUGUCUGUGCCCCCAGCCCCUGCCAGAACGGGGGCGUCUGCGAGGACCUCUUCAACCUAUUCAGCUGCAGCUGCCCCUCGGGCUGGGCGGGGAGGCGCUGCGAGAUCAACAGCGGCAUGUGCGCGUCCAACCCCUGCGUCCACGGCAACUGCAGCACGCGCUCCCUGGCGUACGAGUGCACCUGCGAGGAGGGCUACACCGGCGCCAACUGCGAGGAGGAGGUGGACCCGUGCAGGAAUCACAAGUGCGCGCACGGUGGCACCUGCCUCCACGGCAUCAACAGAUACUCCUGCCUCUGUCCGGAAAACUACACCGGACCUUACUGCACUCUUGAGAUUGAAGAAGUUCCUUGGUUCAUAAUCAAACAUAUACGCCCCAAGCUCCCAGUGUCCAUCUGUGGGAAUGAAAAGAAGAACUACACCUGUUUUAAUGGAGGAAACUGCUCCGAAACCGGCAUGAUGUGCAACUGCAUGUCAGGGUUUACUGGGCACCGGUGUGAGCUGGAGCUGGACGAGUGCAAGUCCAACCCCUGCCUGAACGGAGGGUACUGUCGCAACAUGAUCAACAGGUUCCAGUGCGUCUGCGACAUGAGCUACGCCGGCGAGGUCUGCCAGAUCGACCUGAACACAGACAACCUGACCUCUGACCUUCUGCUGUCAACCUGCCUGGUCUCUGUGGCUCUCCUCGCCUUCUUCCUGGCCACCGCUGCCUUAGUCAUUGCCCUGCGACGGAGGGCCACCCACGGCACCUAUAGCCCCAGCAGACAGGAGAAGGAGGGCUCCAGAGUGGAGAUGUGGAAUAUGGUGCAGACUCCACCUAUGGAGAGACUCAUAUGACCCCACCCACCACCUCCUCAUCCGACACACCGAGGUGGGUGGUGGCCUUUCCAAAGGGUGUGUCUGUUGACAUCAGCCUCUCUUUUAGUUUAGUUUCCCACCUGAAAUAAGUCAAAUUUGUCAAUGGUGAGCCCAUUAUUCACGAGGUAACUAUACUGUGGAUGGUAAUGUGUCUCUUCAUGAAAAUAAUCAGUUAGAUCUGCAGCCUUAGUUUAAGGGGUCAGCUAUAUAAAGGAGGAAAAUGGAAUCAAUGUAAACAGUGCCUGUAUAUACAGUUAAAGAAAUAUUUACAAUGAAAUAGAUAUACAAUAAUUACAUUCAUGGUAAUAUGUGGCUAUACUUUGGCGUAAAAUCAAAAAUGAUCAGUGUUAUUUCAGCUUUAUGACAUCCUCUGUAAACCACAUAUGUGGACAAAGCCAUUUGUUAACA